AUGACGUCUUCCGACCAGCCAGGUCCUCUGUCGGAACCCCCUGAACCCUUAGACGUGGUCGAGACACCCACGUCACCUUCUUCAGGCCUUGCCCUAUCCCGAUUCGAGUUUGAGACGGGCAAGGCAAAUGACGGGACCAAGGUCCUCAUGGUAGAAUGGGAUUCGUCCGCAUGGGACAAAGGGCAGCAGCGAUACGCUGACAGAGACGGGAAACAAGGCGACGAGUGGGAUGUUUCCUGGGAGGGAAAGGAGAAGACGAAGGUGCUCAUGGUCCGCGACGCAGAUGUUGAAACCGAGAGCAGCACCCGCCGUGUGUACUUUCUCCUCCCCCCCGGCGCAUCCAUUCCGACGCUUGUCACCAUCAGGCGUCAAGACAAAGGUAGUUGCAGAAGCAAUGACAACGACGACGUGGUUCUGCGUACCAAGCCGAUGCCCGCCAUCUUUCCAGCCGAGCUGACAGGUUAUCAAGCUGCCGGUCGACGCGGCGUGCUUCAUACAAUUUGGGCUAAAAAGCGUCUUGUUGAUCUAAAGGCCGAGAUUGAGGCCGAGGCGAGAGUGAAUGGAGAAAGUGUUGGGCUCGAGAUGGCCCUGCAAGAGCAACGGUGGAUCAUUGACAACUUUGGUUUGGACCCGGACCCCGACACCGGCCUUCCUCAGCCAACAAGACUGUAUAUCCCACAAACUUCGGUGACCGUGUCAAGUCCUAGGAGCCCGGUAGGCGGCCGGCUGGGCGAGAAGCUCAAAGGUCUCAAGCUUGCCACUAGCCCCACAGAGCUCGCUGCUGCAAGUCAAGAAGCAAAGAAGGCUCAGAUGCAACGCUCACAGGCCUCAAUCACUUCGGUGCUCCCCCCCUCCUUGAGCAAUCGGGAGCCGGGUUCUGAGGGCAUUGCUUCCAUUGAUGCUCUUGUGGGUGGUGGCGGUCCAACGCCAACAGCGGCAAACGAUCAAAACAGCGAUGAUACUGCAGCUGAGGAUGACUUGUUCGCCCUCCCCAUGAGCCCCCGAAGCCCAGAAAUGAAGCGGAGCCCAUUCAGCAUUCUUCACCACGACAAAGCAGAACAAUACGAUGCCCUCAAUGAGCCUACAUGA